AAUGGCGCCAUUUUCUCACUCUUCAUCUCAAUCAUCACUCCCCUCAUUUUCUGUUUCAGCCAUUGGUUUCCAUGCCCCAUUCAUUCUUCCAGAUCCUUCUUCUCUCCUCCAAUCGCCGCCCCAUCGCCGGACCUCCUCCCCCUCCCCCCACGUGAAAUGCGUGUUUCACGUGUGAACAUUUCUUCUUCUUCUUCUUCUUCUUCUUAUAUUCUUAAUCGUCUGUGAGAUUUUUCUUUCAUUGAGAUGUGGAAUAACGCUGUAAUGGCUUUGGCUAUCUCGUUUUCCCCUAAUUCUAUUGCUACGGCUACUGCGGCUAUUCCAUGCCCUAACCGAACCCCUAAUUUCCCUCACUUUUCGCACAUUCUUCAUUUCCGUUCUCACGAAUCAAUUCCAUGGCGUUCUUCUUCUUCUUCAUCCAUCUCUGGUUCUUCGUUUGGAUUUACUCCGAGGUUUGAGAAAUUUGUUGUAAUGGCUGCUUCCUCUGUGCCGGAGAGUGCGGGGGAGGGUGUGGAAUCGGUUGAUUUGGUUCAGAAUCUCCGGCUUGGUGCAAUGUUUGGGAUUUGGUAUCUUUUGAAUAUCUACUACAAUAUUUUCAACAAACAGGUUUUGAAAGCCUUUCCGUUUCCAACUACGGUGACAGCUUUCCAGUUCGGGUGUGGUACGAUCAUAGUAAACUUAAUGUGGGCUCUUAAUUUUCAUCACAGACCCAAGAUCAGUUCAUCCCAGUUUGCUACCAUUCUUCCACUGGCUGUAGCGCAUACAAUGGGAAACAUAUUAACCAAUGUGAGUCUUGGGAGAGUUGCGGUUUCAUUUACUCACACCAUCAAAGCAAUGGAGCCAUUUUUCACUGUCCUUCUCUCUGCUUUGUUUUUGGCUGAGAGGCCCAGUUUUUGGGUUGUUUUUUCUCUGGUUCCCGUUGUAGGAGGAGUGGCACUCGCUUCUUUUACUGAAGCCUCAUUUAAUUGGAUUGGCUUCAGCAGUGCCAUGGCUUCAAAUCUUACCAAUCAAUCACGUAAUAUCUUCAGCAAAAAGCUCAUGGUCCACAAAGAGGCACUGGACAACAUCAAUUUGUUCUCUGUAAUUACCAUCAUUUCGUUUAUCCUGCUGGUUCCCUCGGCUCUUCUCCUUGAAGGCACUAAAUUUAGUCCUUCAUACUUGAAAUUAGCUGCAAAUCAAGGGUUGAAUAUUAGAGAACUAUGCAUUAGGUUACUUCUAUCUGGCAUCUGUUUUCAUAGUUAUCAGCAGGUUUCAUAUUCAAUACUACAAGAAAUUUCACCGGUGACCCAUGCAGUAGGAAAUUCUUUGAAGCGAGUGGUGGUUAUAGUGUCUUCGGUUAUUUUCUUCCAAACAACAGUCUCACCUCUAAACGCCCUUGGAACGGGCAUAGCUCUAAUGGGAGUUUUCUUGUACUCAAGGGCUAAGCGUAUGAACUCAAAACUCAAGUCUUUGUAAAUUAUUAUUAUUAUUUUGGAUAUUUAUAAUUUGUGGCAAUUUUAAGAAUAGUAAUUAAGUAUGUAACAACAAUUUUAAAAAUUGUAAAUAUAGCAAAAUCUAUCAUCAUAGAUCAAUAUUUGCAACAUGACCUAUAAAUAAAAAACUUCGAUAGAUUUUGUUAUAUUUAUGAUUUUUUUAAAAAUAUUGUUAUAUACUUAAUUAUUUUGAAUCUAAUUGCUAUAUUUGCAACUAUUCUUAAUAUUUUUUUUCCUCUCUUAGUUUUUAUAACCACGUGUAACAUACAACUAGAGUUUACUAUACCACUAGAAUUUGUAGUUUUUGUGUUUUCUUUUUGUCUCAUAUAAUAGUCACUCUUUUUUCUCUUUC